CAUGGCGUUUGGAGAUGCCUGGAAACAAUUAUCGUGGUUUUAUUACCAAUAUCUGCUCGUAACAGCGCUUUAUAUGUUGGAACCGUGGGAGAGAACUGUCUUCAAUACUCUGCUCAUCACAGUUACAGCGAUGGCAGUCUACACAGGUUAUGUGUUCAUGCCCCAGCACAUAAUGGCUAUAUUACACUAUUUUGAAGUGGUCCAGUGACGUCAUCUACAGUGAUCCUCAGGAUGCUCCGAUCUCCCUCUAGUGGCUGGGAAGAUGAACUGCCCUAGAACUCUAUAAUAAAUGCCUGUGAUCACUGCAAAGAAGGACAAAUGUGUAUGUUGUGGGUGAACAAAGUUGUUGAGUGAUACAAAACUGACUUAUUGUCUUGUAUGUGUGGCAAUAUAAGUGACUGUCUGCAACUGGAAAUACAAACACGCUGCCCUGUCUUUAAUUAAAUCCUUUAUAUAGAACCGUUUUUUAAAAUAAUGCUUCAGUUUUCUUUCAUGGUUUCUUCAGAUGAUGAAUAUAUUUUGAUAUAAAUGUGUAUAUUUAAUUGUAUACAUAUUUGGGAGGUUGUAUAGAGAUUCAUUUUGACUGACCUAAAUCACUUGGUUUGCCAUAGUGGAAUGAUGAAUUAUUGAUCCACUGGAAAUCUAUUUUUAUCAGCACUGUGAGUCAUGCGGUAAAUAAUUAUCUUUGUGAUGCUUAUGUUGAUACUUCAGGUCAUAAACCAGAAUCUGCUUUUGUGUCCGUUAACCAGAAAAAUAUUGUUAAAUGAUUCCUUUCUUUAAUUGACUUGGAAAUGUAGCCCAUGUUUUGUUCCAUUUUAUGUUGUUUUGUCCUUUUUUAUUCUCCAACUAAUUCACGUCCGUAUGGGGUUUUAACACUUUGACUUCUGUAUUAAAAUCAAUGUCAUGACCAAGUUUUAAUCAAUGUAUAUAUUUACUUGAUAUUAUCAUUAUUGGAACAAAUAUGUUGCUUAUACCAAAAAAUGGCAGUUGAAUUGUGAGUAAUGGAAAAUGUAAAAAAUGUGCUCCUGGUCUCCCCUAGUUUUAUGUUAAUUUAACUAUUACUUUAAAACAGAUUUGUUAUGGACUGGGACAACAAAGUUGUGUGUAGGUGUGGUUAUAGACUCCAUAUAAAUGCAUGUUUGGUGAGCACAUGUCUAAAACUAUACAACGAUCAGCCACAACAUUAAAAGCACCUGCCUAAUAUACUGUAGGUCCCUUUGUGCCACCAAAACAGCGCCAACCUGCAGAAUAGCAUUCUGAGAUGCGGGUUGGCGCUGUUUUGGUGGCACGAGGGGGACCUACACAAUUUUAGGCAGGUGGUUUUAAUGUUGUGGCUGACCGGUGUAUAUCAUAGUUGACUAAUGUUUAUGACUUAAAGUAGAUCAAUUAACAACAUAAAACAGCCAAGCAAUGCCAAGAGCCAAUUGUUGCUUUAAAACUAGUGUUUUGUUGAGUUGGAUUACACAUUACAGUGUUUACCUUAAACUACAGAUUUUAGGACAAAAUGGCAAAAGUAUAAUUUUCAAAUCAAUUUAAACUCUUCAUAAUUUUGCUAUACCUGCACUAUAAAUAAUAAUGGUCUGAAAUUGUAAAAAAAAAAAAAGUUUAUUCAAGCUUAUUAUUAUUAUUAUUAUUAUUUUUUUUUUUAGAAUUCAAACUAGUAAGAAUUGGAAGAGAAAAAAAUUAAGCUUGAAUAAUUAUUAUUAUUUUUUUUUUUCAAUUUGAGACCAUUAGUUACUGUUACUCUAUAAAUCCUAAAGUUGCCAUUAAUAAAAACAUUUAAGUGGUCCAAAUGAAAAAAGUACUUGAAAUGUCACAUUUUGGAAUCAUAACUCAAAUAUAUGCGUUCUAACAGUACAAAAAAAAAGUACAAAAUUGUGAUUGUGAGGAACACCCAUAAGCCUUUGUGCUUGAAUAAAUGUAUGUUUGGUCAAAACAUAUUCUUAUGAAUAUUGUUGUUUUGUUGUAGCUGGUUGUUUGUUGAGAUUUUUUUGAAGUCAUGAGGGUGUUACCUCAGGUGAAAUUUUAAUUUAAAGCCAUUCUUUUUACUCAAUUGUAUUUGACAAAAGUGCAGAUUUAUGUGCACUUAGAAGUACUGAUGACAAUCCAAUGUGCCAUAUGGAUAAUCUAGAUUAGAUUGCAAUCAUAAUUUCUCUUUUUACUCUAGAAGAUGUGCUAUCACCCAAUUUAAAUAAUUCAAUA